GAAAUGAAAUGCAAAAUAUGAUGAAUGUGUUCUUCAAAGGUUCACAAAUCUAUUUUGCUCUCUCUUGCUUCAAUCACACAAUCAAUACUCUUUCAUGGCUGCUUCUUCUUCUUCUUCCUCUUCUCCUCAAACAGACACAUGCCUUAACUUCAUCACUCAUCUGCUCAAAGCUCUGACAGACGCAAUCAUGAAUGUCUUCUUUCAUGAUGAAACACCGGAGCAAAUUUCACAACCACUUUCUCCAGCAAUUGCCUCUUCUUCCUCUUCUACUCGAUUGAAGCAUCAGGUUUUCUUGAGCUUCAGAGGUGAAGACACACGCCUCAAUUUCACCGCUCAUCUACUCAAAGCUUUAAAAGACAAAGGAAUGAAUGUUUUCUUCGAUGAAGAAACACUAGAAAAAGGGAAGCAACUCUCGCAAGCACUUUCUCGAGCAAUUGCAGCCUCAAAUCUCUCAAUAAUUGUGUUGUCGGUAGACUAUGCUUCUUCAAAAUCAUGCCUGGCUGAACUCUCUGACAUCAUGCACUGCAAGGACACUCAAGGACAUAUUGUUCUUCCCAUAUUUUACCAUGUUGAUCCUUCUGAUGUGCGGAAUCUUGGUGGUAGUUUCAAAAAAUCCUUCAAUGGCCACGGUUCAAAUAGGCUACCUCAAGUACAACGAUGGAAAACUGCCUUUGCUGAAGUCGGUAAAUUAAAAGGAUGGCAUAUAGAAGGAGGCAAAUUCGACAGACCUGAAACUGAGUACAUCAAGGAUAUUAUUGAAUAUAUUAUAAAGAAGUUGAUGAGUGGCAAGUUUAAAAGUGCUUCUGCAGAGUUAGUUGGAAUAGAUGAUCAGAAGCAGACGAUUUUGAGGCUAAUUGAGCAGGAAGAGAGUCGUCUAAUAGGACUUUGGGGACAAGGUGGUAUAGGCAAAACUACCCUCUCUGAUGUUAUAUAUAACGAAAUCUCUGAUAAGUUUGAAGAUAAAUGCUUUCUUCUAAAUGUUAGAGAGAAAUUUAAAACACAGGGAAUGGAAUCAUUACGAAACGAACUUCUUUCCAAACUCUUAAAUCAAACAAUUCAUGUAGACACCCCCUCAAUUGGGUCAACUUUAAUCCAAGAGAGGCUAAACAAUAAAAGAGUACUUGUUGUCCUUGACGAUGUGAAUGACUCAGACCAAAUAGAUUGUUUUGGUGUUAAACAUUUUGGUUAUGGAAGUAAAAUCAUUGUAACAUCUAGAGAUAGACAAAUACUUAAGAAUGGAAGUGUUGACAAAAUACAUGAGGUAAAGAAGUUAAGUAAAAAUGACUCUCUUCAACUUUUUUCUACAUUUGCGUUUAAACUAUUGAAUCCCGCUGUUGAUUUUCGCGAUCUAUCGGACAAGUUUGUAGAGUAUGCCCAAGGAAGUCCGCUUGCUCUUAGAGUUUUGGGUUCUAAACUAUAUAAAAAGUCUAGAAAAGAGUGGGAAAGUGAGGUGGAUAAACUAAAAGAAUAUGGCAAACCAAAAAUUUCACAGAUUUUGAGUAGUAGUUAUGAUGAUUUGGAUGAAGUAGAGAAGAAUAUAUUCCUUGAUAUUGCAAUCUUCUUUAAAGGAACACCCAAAAAAGAUGUAGAAGAAAUUCUAGGUUGUUGUUAUAAGGGUGCUGUGAGUGGAAUAAGCAACUUGAUUGACAAGUGCCUGCUUGAUAGCACAUACUUUAAAGAGAUUGAUAUGCAUGAUAUGCUUGAAGAGAUGGGCAAGGACAUUGUUCGCGAAGAAUCUACGGACCCUGGAAAGCGUAGUAGAUUAUGGAGUGCUAAAGAUGUAUAUCAAGUGCUCAGAUAUAAUAAGGGGACUGAUCUAAUUCAAGGUAUUAAGUUGGACAUGUCUCAAGUUGAUAAUCUACUGUUACAUUAUUCUACUUUUGAGGGCAUGACUAAUCUUAGAGUUCUCUUCUUCUACACUUCUCGGGUGUUUGAUGUUAAGUGUCCGACAAACAAGUUUCUUGGACACCAAGUUGAUAGUGUAUCUCUUCCUGAUGAGUUAAGGUAUAUUUAUUGGAAGUAUUGUCCCUUCAAAUCUCUAUCAAGUUUUAAUCCAAAGAAUCUUAUUGUGUUGAAUUUAUCACAUGGUGAUAUGGAACAUCUUUGGAAUGAUGAUGAUCAUCAAGUACUUGUUAAUUUAAGGGAAAUUGACAUUAGUUAUUGCAAGAAUUUAAAGAAAAUUCUUAGUCUAUUAGGAGCCAUCAAUCUUGAAAUCCUUGAUUGUAGAAGCUGUGAAUGUUUGGUUGAACUUCCUUGCCUCAAUCAUUUGGCAUCACUUAAACCGCUUGAACUUCGGGGAUGUCGUAAUCUCAAGAAGCUUCCCCAGAUCCCAAAUCACUUUCCUAUUUUAUCAUUAGAAGAAAGUGAAAUAGAAGAAGUGCCUGAUUCAAUUGAGCAUCUCAUCAGACUUAAAGGGUUAAUCUUGUGGAACUCAAAGGUAAAAAAGGUAUCAAGAAAUAUUUCAAAGUUGGAAUCUCUUCGUAUGCUGGAUCUUGGUAAUUGCCCAUUGGUUGAAUUUCCAGAAAUCCCAAAAAACUUAACAAAAUUGAACUUAUCUGGAACUCAAAUUGAAGAGGUACCCUUGUCUUUCGACUCUCUAUAUAAUAUUCGGACCUUAAAUAUGAGUGGCUCAAGGGUAAAAAAUAUAUCAAUCAAGACGGAAUCCCUUCGUGAUCUGGAUCUUAGUCAUUGCCCAAUGAUCGAAUUCCCAGAAAUUCCAGAAAGCUUAAGAGAAUUAAAUUUAUCUGGGACUCAAAUUAAAGAAGCGUCUUUAGACUCUCUAGGUAAUCUUUAUAGUCUAGAUCUCAGUCAUUGCGAGAGUCUUAAAUUACUCUCCGAGCUUCCACCAUAUAUUCGAUACUUGGAAUCACGUGGCUGCACAUCAUUAGAAAAAGUAUCAUUUGCAGAUCACUAUUUAUAUGCUAUCGAUUCUUUAGAAGAUGAGAUUUGUGUGUUUGACAUGUUAUUCUAUAAUUGCUUCAGCUUGAAUCAAGAUUCAAUUGAUAACAUUGAGGCAAAUGCCAUGCUCAAAUUUGAAUCCCUACUAAAGAAACAGAGCUGGACAUGGGAGUAUCCUUACCUUCAAUAUAGAUUAUUUUGCUGUUUCCCAGGAAACAAAAUUUCAGCAAAUAAGUUCGUGCAUCAGAGCACGAGUUCUUCAUUAGUUUUGAAGAUAGCCCCAAAUGGGUCCAGUGGGAGAAGAUUCUUGGUCUUUUCCAUCUGCCUUGUGGUCGAUCUCACGCGCUGUCACCACUAUAGUGGAAGUGUUCAAUUUAUCUGCAAAUACCAACUGACAGCAGCCGGUGGUGGUUAUAAACAGUUCAUAAGUGAGUGGAGUUCCUUUAUAGAGGAUGAAACGGAGCGGAAGUGUAUGGGUGAUCAUGUAUUGAUUCUGUUUAGUGAGGAUAUGGUUAAAAAAGACAAGGAUUAUGAGGAGGCUUCAUUUGAAUUCUACAUUGAAAAUCCCAAUUACAAGGUAGAAGAAGGAGAAGAAAUUGAAGACGAAUAUAUAAAGGUGGACAAAUGUGGCGUACAUAUAUCUUAUGUGGAUGAAGAACCCAGCACCAACCCCACAACAUGA